AGAGUUUGGGGAGCAGUAGCUCUAUUCCUGUGUCUUUUAUCUGUUGCAGACUCACAAUUCCAGAUUACUGAUUUGGGUACUGGUGAAAUGGUUACAGGUGAUACAUACAGAAUAAAUCAAGGAUACCGGUUAAGAUUACUAUGCUUUUACUGUAGUGAUCCUGGUGGUCAGGGUCCUACAUGGGUUGGAAACGAAACUCAAGUUCCAAAUAUAUUUGAUUUUAGAACAUCAAGUAUUACAAAUAUCAGUGAACUCAUUGAAGGUGUUUCUACAAGUGACUUUAGACAACUCUUCCAAUCAAGUAGCUCAAUCGCCUCUUUAAUGGCAAGUUAUGCCGAAGGACCUGAUCUCAUACUUCCGAAUUCUUUCAUUGGUGGGCAAUAUGCCUGUCAAGCUAACAGCCAGAUGCAAAACCUCACUAUCAUUGUCUCAAGUCCUAGUGGAUCUUUUUCUGAGUUUUAUGUAAGGAUGACUGGUUUAAUUUCUAGUGCAAGCUCUGUGAAUGAUAAGGAUUUUGAUUUAGCAGUCUUUGAGUCAAGAGUAAGAGCCUUUGUUAUGCACACAUUUUUAGCUAAUGCUUUUAGUGCAACGUUAAGAGUAACAUGGAAAUAUAUUCUGAUUGUCUCUCUUGCAUGCUGGGGUGUUCCUUUACUGCCUGUAGCAAUAGCACUAUCAGUAGAUGUGGAUCAUUAUAUUACAUCUUAUGAAAACACUGAAGAAGGAUUUUGUUUCAUUGGACAGCUAAGUGGGUUCUUAACAGCUUUCUUAGUUCCUGUUAUGCUUAUUCUCAUAUUCAAUUUGGUAAUUUACAUUCUUAUUCUUCGUGUUCUUAUCUUGCAUGCUGUGAGAAAAAACAAGCGGCUACAAAAAUCAUCAAUGACUCCAUCAGAAGCAGUCAAAAUGAUACUGUCUUUCACUGGUAUAAUGUUCCUCCUUGGUUUGACAUGGAUCUUUAGUAUCUUCACUUUUAUUUCUGAGCCUGGAGUUUCUUAUGCCCUUCAGUUCUUAUUUGCUUUCUUCAAUGCUUUCCAAGGAUUCUUUAUAUUCAUAUUUUUUGUUGUACUGAGCAGUGAUGCAAGAGCAGCAUGGAAAUCCCUAUUGUGUCCAUGUCUUGUGAAAGAAGGGCAAAAGACAUCAAAAUAUUAUCUUUCUUCUUCAAAUAACAAGAAGAGGUUGUCCAAUGACACUAGCUCUAACACUUAUUCUUCAAGCACCUUUGAUUCAAAAGAAAUAACUUUAAAUGAAAAAUCUGUUCCAGCCAAGUUGUCAGAAGCUGAUAAUAAAAAUGCCCUUCCUCCUCUGGUUGAAGAGGAGGAUGGCCUAUCUGAUCGUGAUAGUCAAAAGAAAAGUGGUGACUUGGAUUUGGUUCAACUCAAAGGAGCUCAUGUCAAACAUCAUUCAACUUGUAAGAACACUCAUGUUGAUUCUUAUGACAAUGAUGAAAAAGAUGCUCAUAAGAACAAAUUUUAACUGUAUUUUGUGUGUUUUGGUUCUGAGUAUUGCUCUAUUUUUACUUUUAAAGUAAUACUAUUAAUUGCUGAUGUAGAAUAGAUCUAAA